AUGCAUUUUUCAUUUUAUAUAACUUUAAAUUUUUUAAAAUUAAAUGGUGAACUAAUAACAUUGCAAAUCAAUGCAAAUGGAAAUAAUGUAUAUGAAAGUGGUGAUCAAUGUGGUAAUUCAACAUUUACUUAUAAUUCAAUAAAUGCAAUUUCUUAUUUUGAAACAAUUAAAAUGACUCUUUAUAAAAUUGGUAAUCCAUUAAUACUUUUUCAAAAUAAAAUUGAAAUUUCGCCUUUAAAUCAAAAAUCUAAAAAUGUAAUCAUUGAUGAUUCUUCAAUUAAUAACAAUAAUAAUAAUAAUAAUACUAAAACAUUUAUUACAAUGUCACCUCCUCCUGGUAAUGUAGUUGAAUCUUAUAAAUCAUAUACAAUUUUUAAAAUUAAUGGAAUUAAUUUCAACAAUUUAACAUUUACAAUUGUAACUUUUGAUAAUUUUAUAGCAUAA